AUGACACUCAAUGAGCCAUCUGUUGAUUUCCAUUUGAAGUUACAAGAGGGAUCAUUCAAGAUUCCAUAUGAAGCAAUCAGACGUAAUUUCAAAUCAGUACAAAAAUUAGAUGAGAAACAAUUCAAAAAAGUGGAUGAGUUGUAUAAAGAUUUUAACAAGGCAACCACCAAGAAGGAGAAAUUAAUCAAAUUGAAACAGAUAAUCACAAGUUUAAAGCAAUUUGAAAAGAAAAUACAAACUAAAGUUAAGAUUGAGAAUGAGCUAGUUUCUAGAAUCCAACAUCGGUUAGAUAAAUUGAAUGAAUUGAAAGAAUUGAAACAGUUAUCAAUAAGUGAUGAAAAGAAUGGUGUUAAUGCUAUAAAUCAAGAUAAAUUAUUGAAUUGGUAUAGAGAUCAAACGAAUUUAUUAAUUGCAGAUUAUUUAUUGAAAAAUAGUCAUUUGAUUGAUCAAAAUCCUGGAUUAUUAUUGAUAAAGACAUUGGGUUUUGAAAAAUUAAUUGACUCAGAUAUUAUUUUAGUUUCAAAUAGGAUCUCAACAUCAAUUUUGAAUAAGAACUUAGAUAAUUUGAUUCAUUGGAUUGAUGAGAAUAAAUCACAUUUGAAAAAAAUCAAAUCAAAUUUAGAAUUUGAAACAAGAUUCCAAGAAUAUAUUGAAUUGAUUAAACAAAAUGAAAUGAAUAAUGCAAUCAAAUUAUUCAACACUCAUUUAUCUCAAUUUACUAAAUCAAAUUUCAAUGAAAUAAAAUUAGCUUCAGGAUUAUUAAUAUUUGCUAAAAAAGCUCAACUUCAUCCAAAUAGCUCAAAUUUCACUAAAUACAACACAUUAUUAUCAUCAAAACGUUAUACUUAUUUAUCAGAUUUAUUCCUCAAGAUUUAUUACAAGAUGCAUGGAAUUUCAGAAGAUGAUCCUUUAUUAAUUUAUUUAUCACUUGGUAUAUCAGCAUUAAAGACAAGAUCAUGUCAAUGUAAUCCAAUUUCCAAACCAUUAAAUUUUGAAUCCAUAUUGAAUAAGAAAUUAUCAACAGGUAAAGAGGAUCUUAAUAACCCAUCAAAUAUUUGUCCAAUAUGUUCACUGGAAUUCAACCAAUUGAGUUCACAGCUUCCAUAUUCUCAUAAUGUCAAGUCUUAUCUAUUUGAUAAUCCAGUGAUGUUACCAAAUGGUAAUAUCUAUGAUAAGGAAAAAUUGGUUAAUUUCAGCAAGAAUUUGACUAUUUUGAAUGAGAAUGAAGUUAAGGAUCCAGUCACUACAGAGAUUUAUACUGUUGAUGAUUUGGUUACGAUGUAUCCAACCUGA